AUGGAAUUGGGCAAGCUGCUGUACAACAAGUUCGAAUACAUCGAGACAGCAUCUGGGAACAAAGUUAGUCGCCAGGAUGUUUUGUGUGGAAGCCAGAAUAUCGUUCUCAAUGGCAAGACAAUUGUAAUGAAUGACUGUAUCAUCCGAGGAGAUCUGGCAAAUGUAAGAGUUAGACGUCAUUGUGUUGUAAAAAGUCAUAGGGUUAUAAGGAAAUUCAGUAAAGGUGUUGCAUUCUUUCUUCUACAUAUUGGGGACCAUGUCUUUAUUGAGGAAGACUGUGUGGUCAACGCUGCUCAGAUUUGUUCUUAUGUUCACGUUGGGAAGAACUGUGUGAUUGGGCGCCAAAGUGUCUUGAAAGACUGCUGCAAAAUUCUUGACAAUACAGUAUCACCUCCAGAAACCGUGGUCCCACCAUUCACCGUCUUCUCAGGCUGCCCAGGACUCUUCUCAGGAGAGCUCCCAGAGUGCCCGCAGGAGCUGAUGGUUGAUGUCACCAAGAGCUACUACCAGAAGUUUCUGCCCAUAACCCAAGCUAAAGUCUCGGCUUUAUAUCUUGAAUUCCUUUGAACUCUAAGAUGAACUGGGAGAUAAAGAGAGCAGUCAGUAACUAGAAAAGCCUCCGUGCUUUUGACCACUUCUACUCUCCUUGAUUUUUGUUUUUAAAAUUUAGAAUUUUUCAGUCCUUCAAGACUCAGAGCAUUUAGGAAUUUAAUAGGAAGGCUGGAGAG